UCGGGUCAGCAGAGCGAGUCAUCCUCCAGGUUCCUCAGAGGGAACGUCUCUGGCCUCAGAGAUCCUCCGUCGCUUCAGACAGCUGCAGAUGGAUCACACCUGGACGGAGUCGCUGUACGCCACGCUGCAGUUCCCCGACAGGUCUCAGAGGAGCUCUCUGUGGUUGGUGGACUCUGAAGGACUGAUCUCUGAACAGAUUUCCCUGAACCCGUCUGACUACUGUCCGUACAGCGCCACAGGAAGUACCACGGGGGGCGUGGUCUACGCCAACUACGGCCGCCCGGAAGAUUUUAAUUGGCUGAAGAGCUCGGGCGUGUCUGUGGUUGGCUGUGUGGUGGUGAUGCGUGUCGGGGGCGGGGUCAGUUUUGCUGAGAAGGUCUGGUUGGCUGAGAGGAAUGGUGGGGGAGGAGCUUUGAUCUACCCCGACCCCGCUGACCUGCCGCAGGACCCCCGACGCCUCGGACUGAACAUGCACACCGCCGUGUCCGAACAUGUCCAUCUGGGGUCAGGUGACCCUUUCACCCCCGGCUUUCCCUCCUUCAAUCACACUCAGUUCCCGUCCAUCCAGUCCUCGGGCCUGCCCCUCAUCCCAGCCCUCCCAAUCAGUGCCACUGUGGCUGCCAAGCUGCUCAGCCAGCUGUCAGGUCCGUCCUGUCCUCCGUCAUGGCGGGGUCGGUUGCCGUAUGUGCGCUGUGUGGUCGGUCCGGAGUUCAGCUCCGGCCGCAGAGUCAAGAUGUCGGUCCACAACGUGAUGGCGCCGGUCCUGCUCAACAACAUCUUCUCCUCUCUGGAGGGCCGGGUCGAGCCAGACCAGUACAUCAUACUGGGAGCUCAGAGGGACUCGUUGAGUCCAGGAGCUGUGAAGUCUGGAGUUGGAACAGCAAUCCUCCUGGAGCUGGCUCGAACGUUCUCCGCCAUGGUGAAGAAUG